AUGAAGACUACUUGGAAAGAUAUCGCUCCUGUUCCCACUUCUCAAGAAUUCAUCGAUAUUGUCUUGAGCAGGACGCAACGACGACUACCGACCCAGAUUCGGGCAGGCUUUAAAAUCAGCAGAAUUCGAGGCUUUUACACUCGAAAAGUCAAGUUUACGUCCGAGACCUUUUGCGAAAAGCUUCAGGCUAUCCUAGAGGGUUUCCCUCGCCUGCAGGACAUCCAUCCAUUUCACAAAGAUCUCCUCAACACCCUCUAUGAUGCCGACCAUUUCAGAAUUGCUUUGGGCACGCUAUCAACCGCCAAGAGACUGAUCGAGACAGUAGCAAGAGACUAUGUCCGACUUUUGAAAUAUGCACAAUCCUUGUUUCAAUGCAAGUCGCUUAAACGCGCGGCCCUGGGUCGCAUGGCCACCAUAUGCAAGAGACUGAAAGAUCCAUUGGUCUACUUGGAACAAGUGCGACAGCAUCUUGGUCGUCUACCCAGCAUCGAUCCCAACACUCGAACUCUUCUGAUUUGCGGCUAUCCAAAUGUGGGAAAGUCCAGCUUCCUUCGAUCCGUCACAAGAGCAGAUGUUGAUGUGCAGCCCUACGCAUUCACAACAAAAUCCCUGUUCGUUGGACAUUUUGACUACAAAUACCUCCGAUUCCAGGCCAUUGACACACCCGGUAUUCUUGAUCACCCUCUUGAAGAAAUGAACACUAUUGAAAUGCAGUCUAUCACCGCAAUCGCUCAUCUACGGUCCGCGAUCUUAUAUUUCAUGGAUCUCUCCGAGCAGUGUGGCUAUUCGGUCUCGGCUCAGUUGGCCCUUUUCAAUUCCAUCAAACCCUUGUUCGCAAAUAAACUUGUAUUCCUUGUGGUCAACAAGACGGAUGUCAUGAAACCUGAGGACCUUGACCCCGAACUCCAACAAGAACUCAAAGAAGUCCUGACCCAGAAUGCGAACACGGAGCUUCUGCAGCUUUCUUGUGUUACUAAUGAGGGGGUACAGGAAGUCAAAAACACAGUCUGUGAUCGCUUAAUCGCCGACCGAGUGGCUUCCAAACUCAAGGCUGGACAAGCAGCACAGCCCUCCACUGCAGACGUGCCCACGGGACGUCUAGGCGAUCUGCUUGCCAGAAUUCAUGUUGCCCGUCCCCUUGAAGGCGCUGUCAGUGAAACGUACAUUCCUGAAGCAGUCAAGAAUGGCACUUAUAAGAAGUACAACAACGCAGAUCCCGAGAGAAGAAAACUGGAGCGCGAGGUUGAGGAAGAAGAAGGCGGUGCCGGUGUCUACAACAUCGACUUGAAGAAGUUUUACGACCUUGCAGAUCCAGAGUGGAACCAUGACAAAGUCCCCGAGUUUCUCAAUGGCAAAAAUAUUGCCGAUUACGUUGAUCCAGAUAUCGAAGAGAAACUUGCUGCCCUCGAGGCAGAAGAGGAGCGCUUGGAAGCCGAGGGAUUCUACGAUGAGAGUGACAGCAUGGAGGACGAGGACGACGCUGAUAUUCGCAUGAAGGCCGACAUGAUCCGCAACAAGCGAACACUUAUGAUGAACGAAGCGCGGAUGAAGAAGAGUCUCAAAAAUAAAGCCCAGAUACCACGUGCCAAGAAGGCCCGCACCUUGGGACAGAUGGAAAAACAUCUACACUCUAUCGGCUUGGAUGCAUCAGCCCCUGUGGACAGGGCCAGAGCACACAUUCGGAAUGCCAAAGCUGCGUCGACUGCCGGCGAUGAGAUGGAACUUGACACUCCCUCAGCAAGGGCCAAAUCAGCAUCUCGAACCCCCCGGACAAAUCGUCUGACCGACGGACUCGGCAAAAGCGCGACAGGCAUUACGGACCCCGUGAAACGUGAGAAGGCAGAACGCAUGGCCAAGUUGAGUCAACGCAAGAUGAAUCGCAUGGCUCGACAGGGCGAGGCCGAUCGUCAUGAGACCGCCUCACUUCCCGCCCAUUUGUUGAAGGGCAAGAGGAGUAUGGGUACCUCCAGGUCAAGAUAA